AUGGCGCUCUAUCACCGCCAGCUGCCAAUGAAGCUGUUGCUCGUGGCCCUUGGAGCAGUGCUGCUGUCUAGCGGGGCUCCCGUGCUUGCAGCUCCCCUCCCUCCAAUAGGAGGAAACGGAGAUCCCCACAUGACUGGCCUCCAGGGGGAGAAGUUUGACUGGCAUGGUUAUCCUGGCGAGUCUUUCUGCAUGAUCAGCGACUCCAACAUCCAGAUCAACACGCACCUGAUUGGCCAAGACGGCGUGACCUACUUCGAUGCUUUUGCACUGCUGUACAAGAUUGGGGAUUCUGUGCACGAAGUCAGCUUCCAGCUGAAUCAGGACGUCCCCUCCGAUGACGACGCCAAUUUCGGCAUCGAGUUGGAUGGACGGCCCCUCGCGCCUGAUGCUUUCACCGGUCGUUCCGCCUGCGACAACUUCGGCCCCCUCCGGGUGUUCGCGUCUCCCGAUGCGGGGAUCGAGCUCUCCAUGGCGGAAGAGAACGGUUUCGCCGUCGUUCUCGUCGUGGAAGGCCUGGCCAACAUGACGAUCACCACCGACAACCACGACCUGCCCACGGGCAAGCACCUCGACUGGGCCAUCAACUGGAUCCACGCAACCUCGGAGGUGCACGGCGUUCUGGGCCAGACAUUCCAGCCUUCCCGGGCCGACGUCAUCGCUGCCGCUAUGAAGGUGAACGGCCCCCAAAUGCAGGCCGCUGAAGUCGUCGAAGGAUCCGACGACGAGUACCGCACGUCAUCUCUGCUGGCGCCCGACUGCGCGCGCAGCCGCUUCGGAACCAACCCCGACAGCCCCACAGAGAGGGUGGGACACGUCGCCACCCUGCGCCGUCUUCUGAGCUUCGUGGAAGGGACCAACGUUUUCCCAAUCACGAUCAAGAACGCGGGCUGCGCCUCUGGGGCGUCCGCUGCCUGCAACUUCGCAUGA